AAGAGGGAGAGGGUGCGGUUUUAUGAGGGCUGCGUCACUGUCGCAAAGGGAGACGCGUUUGAGAGCCCGCAGGAACGUGUCAAAGCCCGUCGCUACGGCCCCUCUGCUUCUAUUUCCCUUGGUCCCUUCUCUUUCUCUCUCUCUCUCUCAUUUCGUUCUCUACCCCUAUCUGACUUGAAGAAAGAAAGAAAAAUAUUAAGUCCGGUUGAGGCGAGAGAGAGAGACUGAGAGAGAGAGCAGAGGGCAUGGCCAUUACCCCGCGCUAAGUUGGGCCCCAGGAGCAGCCGCCGCCCCCUUAUCCUGUCCCCUCCGCCGCCGCCAGCCGUCCGAUUGAUGACUAGGGAGCUGAGGCGGAGGACGGGAGGAACGAGGGGUAGAGGAGGAGGGGGAUGUCUCUGGUUUUCGCCGGCGUCGAGGUGGCCGGGGGGGGCACGGUGGGGAUGAAGGACCACGUCAGCCUCCCGGCGUACCUGCAGCAACAGCAGCACGGAGACAACGGCAGCAGCAAAGGGGACGAACAGCAGCAGGAGGAGGAGGAGGAGGAGGAGAGGAAUCGGUUCUUUAUAGAGGAGAAGGUGAAGGAGGACUCCUCCGAGACCUCUUCCAUCGGAUUCCAGUCGUCGGAUUCGUCGUCGGUGAAGGACGGCGACGAUGAGGAAGUUCAGAGCAAGGCAAAGGAUGGGGCUCUCGGUUCCUUGGAUUCCUUAGAGGAGUCCCUUCCCAUCAAGCGAGGGCUGUCGAAUUUCUUCUCCGGGAAAUCAAAAUCGUUUGCGAGCCUGGCGGAUGUGGCCGCCGCGACCGCGAGAGACCUCACGAAGCCAGAAAAUCCCUUCAACAAGAGGCGGCGGCUGCUGAUGGCUUCCAAACCAAGAAGAGCUUCCUACGCCUCACUCGCUCCACCUCUGCCGCCUCUUCGCAUCGCAGAGGAGGAGGAGGAGGAGGAGGAGGAGGAAGAGGACGCCGAAGGCGACCAGAGGAGCAGUGGAGAAGCAUCCACAUUGGCUCCCCUUCCACCCCAUGGCACCAAAGGAAGAAAGAUCAAGAAGGCUUUUAGAUCCCCUAGGUCCUUCUCCCUCUCUGAUCUCCAGAACGUUUAGUUCUUCCCUUAUUAGCUUCAUCAUGGCGACAUUAUAUGUAGUCUUGCCUUAAUAUAACUAGUAAUAUAAGUUUCUUAUGUUUCCUGAUCUCUCUUUGCUUUAUAUAUAGAGAGACUAGAGAGAGAAUGGUAAUAAUAUGGUGAGUUCUUGGUAUAGACAAUUGCAACCUGACAUGAAAAGAAGAAGUCUUUCUUGCUU